AUUUUUUUUCUCGGUUUGGUUUCACAAAAUCGCAAUUUGUAUCACUCGUUUCCGUUUCCCUUCGUGGAGAGACAGUGCCUGCCGCCACUGUUCUAUGCGCCCCCUUCUUCUUCAUCAUCGCCAUCAUCACCUUCUCUACCAUCAUCAUCAACACCACCGCCACCAUAACCAUCACUAUCAUAGUCUUCAACGUCACCAUCACCAUCUUCAUAUUCUUCAUCCUGCGAAAAGCUAGGGUUCCCUCCGUGUCAAAACCCUCCGCUAUUCCAUGUACGAUCACUGAGGAGGGUUUCUGAUUUGGAUGGCAUUGGGAGAUUUGAUGGCCUCUCGCUUUUCACAAUCCACUGUUCUCGUCGUUCCCAGCCAAAACCACCACGACGAUUCCACCGCCUCCUCUUCCUCCUCCUCCGUCGCCGUCGUCACAGCCAGUAACAACACUGAAGAUGCCGAUUUCGCGAACCGCGGCGACUCUGAAGCCGCCAUCGCUAGCAGCAGCGGCAAUUACACCGGGAAUGGCGCCACCAGCAUGGCCUACCUGCCGCAGACUGUGGUCCUCUGCGAGCUCCGCCACGAAGCCUUCGAGGCCGCCGUCCCCGCCGGCCCCGCCGACAGCGGCCUAGUCUCCAAGUGGCGACCCAAGGAUAGGAUGAAGACAGGAUGUGUAGCUCUAGUAUUAUGUUUGAACAUUAGUGUGGACCCACCAGAUGUAAUAAAGAUAUCUCCUUGUGCUAGAAUGGAGUGCUGGAUAGACCCAUUUUCUAUGGCACCACAAAAGGCAUUGGAAUCAAUUGGAAAAACUUUGAGCAGUCAGUAUGAAAGAUGGCAACCAAAGGCUCGCUAUAAAUGUCAACUUGACCCGACAGUGGAUGAGGUGAAGAAACUUUGUACUACUUGUCGGAGAUAUGCAAAGUCAGAAAGGGUUUUAUUCCAUUACAAUGGGCAUGGUGUCCCAAAACCAACAGCUAAUGGUGAAAUAUGGGUCUUCAAUAAGAGUUAUACGCAGUAUAUCCCAUUACCCAUCAAUGAACUUGAUUCUUGGCUGAAGACCCCAUCAAUUUAUGUUUUUGAUUGCUCUGCAGCUGGGUUGAUUGUGAAUUCCUUCAUUGAGCUUCAUGAGUGGAGUGCUUCCAACUCCACUGUGUCCCAAAGGGAUUGCAUUCUGCUUGCAGCAUGUGAAGCACACGAGACUUUGCCUCAGAGUGCAGAAUUCCCUGCUGAUGUGUUUACAUCAUGCCUUACAACGCCUAUAAAGAUGGCAUUACGAUGGUUUUGUACGCGAUCAUUACUUCGUGAAUCACUUGAUUAUUCACUUAUAGACAAGAUACCUGGCCGUCCUAAUGAUCGAAAGACACUUCUAGGUGAAUUGAAUUGGAUCUUUACAGCAGUAACUGAUACGAUUGCCUGGAAUGUUCUUCCCCAUGAUCUUUUUCAAAGACUGUUCAGACAGGAUUUGCUUGUUGCUAGUCUGUUUCGAAAUUUUCUACUUGCUGAGAGAAUCAUGCGAUCUGCAAAUUGUUCUCCUGUUUCUCACCCAAUGUUACCUCCAACCCACCAGCAUCAUAUGUGGGAUGCAUGGGACAUGGCUGCUGAGCUGUGCCUCUCUCAACUUCCAUCUUUAGUUGAGGAUCCUAAUGCUGAAUUUCAGCCUAGUACAUUUUUCACUGAGCAGUUGACAGCAUUUGAGGUAUGGCUUGACCAUGGUUCUGAACAUAAGAAACCACCAGAGCAGUUGCCUAUAGUUCUUCAGGUUUUACUUAGUCAAUGCCAUCGCUAUCGGGCCUUAGUGCUGCUUGGAAGGUUCCUUGAUAUGGGGCCAUGGGCGGUUGAUCUGGCAUUAUCUGUUGGAAUAUUUCCUUAUGUUCUAAAGCUAUUACAAACAACAACACCAGAACUACGUCAGAUCCUUGUAUUCAUAUGGACAAAGAUUCUUGCACUUGACAAGGUAGAUUCGGUGGAAAAUAAAUUCUUAUUGAAGGUUACUUUUACUGUGGUAGUUAUUGCAGUAUAUUCGCUUGCUUUGCAUGGUGCUGGAUGUGCCAAGAAAAGUUGA